CAUUUAACAGCCUUCAUUGCUUGCUUAUUGUCUGUAGCUCUUCCGAUGAGCUUGCAUAAAAUUGAUUCACUGUAUUUGAACUAUAAUUGUGCCGAAAAACUUAAAUAAAAGUAUAACAGGAUGACUCAGGCUUCCAAGAUGGAAGUGGAUCCUCCCAAAGGGGAAGGUUUCCGGUCUUAUUAUAUCCAAAAGAUUGAAGAGCUGCAGCUCAUUGUCACCGAGAAGAACCAAAAUUUGCGUCGUUUACAAGCUCAAAGAAAUGAGCUGAAUGCCAAGGUUCGGAUGCUCCGAGAAGAAUUGCAACUACUGCAGGAGCAGGGAAGCUACGUAGGAGAAGUCGUAAAACCGAUGGAUAAAAAGAAGGUUCUGGUUAAAGUUCAUCCUGAGGGAAAGUUUGUAGUGGACAUCGAUAAAAACAUCGACAUAAAUGAUGUCACACCGAACUGCCGUGUUGCACUGCGUAACGAAAGCUACACGCUGCACAAAAUUCUGCCGAACAAGGUCGACCCGCUAGUGUCGCUUAUGAUGGUCGAAAAGGUACCGGAUUCAACUUACGAAAUGGUUGGUGGAUUAGACAAACAAAUUAAAGAAAUCAAGGAAGUAAUUGAGCUACCAGUUAAGCAUCCGGAGCUGUUCGAUGCUCUCGGCAUUGCCCAGCCAAAAGGAGUGCUUUUGUAUGGACCUCCAGGAACCGGAAAGACUUUGCUAGCCAGAGCUGUCGCUCACCAUACUGAAUGUACGUUUAUUCGUGUGUCCGGUUCAGAACUUGUGCAGAAAUUCAUUGGCGAAGGUUCCCGAAUGGUGCGAGAACUUUUCGUUAUGGCUAGAGAACACGCUCCGUCUAUCAUAUUCAUGGAUGAAAUUGAUUCCAUCGGUUCGUCUCGUAUUGAAAGCGGCAGUGGUGGUGAUUCCGAGGUCCAAAGAACUAUGUUGGAAUUACUUAAUCAGCUGGAUGGAUUUGAAGCGACGAAGAACAUUAAAGUUAUUAUGGCAACCAACCGAAUUGAUAUCCUGGAUCCGGCACUGUUGCGUCCUGGUCGCAUCGAUCGUAAAAUUGAAUUCCCCCCACCGAAUGAGGAAGCCCGCUUGGACAUUCUGAAAAUUCAUUCGCGUAAGAUGAAUCUGACACGCGGUAUCAAUUUGCGCAAGAUUGCCGAGCUGAUGCCUGGUGCUUCCGGGGCCGAGGUGAAGGGCGUGUGCACGGAAGCUGGCAUGUAUGCUUUGCGAGAGCGCCGAGUUCACGUCACUCAGGAGGACUUCGAAAUGGCAGUCGCAAAGGUCAUGCAGAAGGACUCCGAGAAGAAUAUGUCUAUCAAGAAACUUUGGAAAUAGAUCGGAGAAAUUUCACAGAGUAUCAUUUUUCUUAUGAGUAAAUUAAGCUUGCUACCUAAUAAAUAACAAAUUGAA